CUUGGGAAGUCCUGUUCACACUUGAUUUCUCCACUCUCCUCUUAUAUAAUAUAUAUAUCUAUAUAUGUACAUACAGAGCUUCUCUUUAAGUCGGCCAUGCUUUGAAUAAGCCCUCGCUCUGCUCUGAUCAUAUCUCCUCUCGCUCUCUCUCUCUCCUCUCUCUCUCUGCGUCGCGGACUAAUCGAGUUGAAGUUUUGAUUAAUACCAGGUCAGCCAAUUGCCGGAAGGAUUUGUAUGUGUACGGAGGAAAAGAUGAACACCCAGAGUCAGGGAGCAGCAGAGGCAGGAGGAGGCGUCCCUGCUGUUGAGUCAUCUAAUCAAUCAUGUCGUCCCUGUAGCAAAAGCCGAAGCCGAAGCCGAAGUCGAAGCACAAGCACCCCCAGCUUCAGCUUGUCCAAGCCAUCCUGGCUCCGCUCUACCAUUGCCGAUUUGGAUGACAAGAUGAAAGCGCUGGCUUUGAACAACAAUGUUAAUAAUAAUACCACCUCCAAGGAAGAAUACGACAAGACCAGUGGUGACAGCUUCGCGGAACGCGCCGAAGCUUACUACCAGACGCGCCCGCAGCUGCUGGCCCUUCUUCAAGACCUGUACAAUGGCUAUCUAUCUUUGGCCGAUCGUUACAGCCAAACCCUGGCCAAGCACCACCGCCGGCAACACUCUUCCCCGAUUACACCCGUCCGUUUCGAGGAUUUUUCCGACCAAGAAGAAGACAACAACGGCCAGCUCGUGGAUUCCGACGCCGAGAGCUCUCUCUCUUACCAACAACCCCCAAUGCUCCAAAAUCCCACCACCCUGGACGCUGAUGCUCUGGUUGCCGACCUCGUGAUCAAGAUGGUCGACUACGACAUCCUCGCGGACGAGCUCGGCGUGUCGGAGCGUCACGGCGCUGAAUCUUCGAAGAAGAUAGAGCUGCAGAAGAGCUUGCUGGAGGUGUUGGAGUCCGAGAGGGUGAUAUUGCUGAAUGAGAACGCGAGGCUGGGGUACAGGGUGGUGGCGCUGGCGGAGGAGAACAAGGGGCUGGUGGGGGAAGCGCUGUUCAUGAAGAGAAAGGCCGGGGAGCUGGCAAGGUGCGUGUUGAAGAUGAGGGAGGAUCAUCGAGUGGGCAUGCUGAGCCGGAAGAUUGAGGAUCUUCAGGGGCAGAUUUACAGCCUGGAGAGGAGGAACAAGGAGUAUCACCAGCAGCUCCGGGAGCAAGAAAUAACGGCCAGCGGGAAAAGCAAGAGCAGCAGGAAGAAGAUCAGUACUAGUAAGGGCGGCGGGGAAGAGGUGACAUUGGAGGAUUGCUUUCAAGUAGUAGAUGAAGAAGAAACUAGUAGUAGUAGUAGCAGUAGUGGUGCUGCUGCUGCUGCUGCGAGAACUAGUCGUAGUAAGAGGGGCUACAAUCAUGGAUACGGCGGCGGAGAUCGGAAAGGAGGAGUGUCCAAGUGGUGGAGCAGGGUGAAGAACUUUGACAUGUUUCUGUGCGGGCCUCAUCCCAACUUUAGCUUUUGCUGAAUCAAUUAAUGGCCUUCUCUAUUUUGUUGUCUUUGCUUAGAAAUGUAAUAGAAAGAUAAAUAUAUUAAUUAUAGAUAUAUAUUUAUUUAACUUA